AAUAUACGAGCAUAUAAAACUAAAGAGACUAAAGUGUAUAGGCGGCGAUAAGGUUACAGAUGUCCCAAGCAAACACACACACUUACGCUCAGCGAGAGAGGGACAAUUCGGGCAGGCCUUUCAAAAAGGAUACGCAGGACACUUGCAUACAACAUUGUAACUGGAUACAUGUUUACUCAUAAGCAGCCGCUGCUGACAUCCACGCCCAACGCUGCCCCGCACUGCAGCAGACAACAAAUAGCAACAACAACAACAACAAAGACAAAAACAACGCAUCGGGCCGUGGCGACAUCAACCCAAACCCAAACCCAAAGCAGCUAAUGCCAGCAUACCUCAGCAGCAGCAGGAGAAGCAGGAGAAGCGACAGCAGCAGCAGGUGCAGUUGUUGCUGUACAGGAAACGCAGGACAAGAAAACAACGACAACAACGACAGCAGUGAUAAAAACUGACAACGAAUUAUUAACGAGGAGCCGAGACAAGCGCAAGACAGAUAGAAGCAUGACGUCGUCGUCGUCGCUGCACAAAGCCGGAAAUGUGAUUAUAGUUUUAGUUGGCCUGCAGCUAAUGUGGCUAACAUUGGCCGGCUGUCGGGAUUUGCCAUUGGGCAGCGAUUACGGCAGCAUGUCCGCCAGCGUCGAGGAUGUGGACUUCAUCGAGACGCAGGUCACCGAGCAGACAGCGCCGCAUCCGCAACAGCGCACCAAUCCGGAGGCUGGGCUCAACAGCAGCGAGGAUAGCCGAGGGCCGGCUUCUGCUUCUGCUUCCGUUGUGGGCGCCGGCACUUUGCUGGAGGAGUUCAACGGCGGCAAGCUGAGCCCGGCGGAGGCCAGCAACACGCUGCCCAUAUUCCUCAGCGAGCCGGAGAGCGUUUUUGUGGUCAAGAAUCGGCCGGCGGUGCUCAAGUGCAAGGCAUCGCAUGCCCUGCAGCUGCACUUCAAAUGCAGCGGCAGUUCGCAGCCGCCGCCGUCGACGCACGACAAGCACGUGGAUCCGCACACGGGCGUCCAUAUGGAGGAGGUCACUGCCACCAUACAUCGCGAUCUUGUCGACGAAUACUUUGGCAAGGGCCCAUUCAAGUGCGAGUGCCAGGCGUGGUCGUCGCGCGGCGUGGUCAAAAGUCAAGCGGCCACGGUCCAUAUUGCAUACAUUCGCAAGUCCUUUGGCCAGUCGCCCACCUCGCUGCGCCUGGAGCUGGGCAGCCGUGCGGAACUGCAUUGCGAGCCGCCCGGCGGCUUCCCGGAGCCGAAGCUCAGCUGGCACAAGAACAAUGCGCUUAUAGCGGGCGACAGCGACACGACGGGCAUCACUGUGAGCGGCAGUACGCUCACUUUCCGCCAGGUGGCGCUGCAGCAUAUGGCCAACUACAGCUGCAGCGCGGAGAAUUUGGCCGGCAAACGUGUCUCCGAUUCGGCUGUGCUCAUUGUCUAUGUAAAUGGCGGCUGGAGCGCCUGGAGCCCGUGGCGCGAGUGCAAAUGCAGCGGUAAACCGAGUCAGGGCCGCAAGCGUACGCGCACCUGCACCAGCCCGAUGCCCUUGAAUGGGGGCGCCCAAUGCGCCGGCCCCCAGGUACAAAAGUCGGCGGACUGUGCCGCAUGUCCAGAGGACACUCAAAUUGUGAGCGCUGAUGGAUUUGACAUUUCGUCGAGUAAGCGCAUUGCCCGCUGGUCGUCGUGGAGCGAGUGGAGCGUCUGCUCGGCGGAAUGCAUACAAGUGCGUCGCAGAAAAUGCCUGACGCACGCCACAAUUGCCGCUGAUGUGGCAGAUGAAGCCGGCGAGCUGCUGCUGCUGACUGCAGCACUCAGCUCAAGCAGCGAUGGCGCCAGCAACGACAACAACAACAACAACAACGGAGGCGACGCUGAUGGCUCAGGAUAUGGCAAAUCAUUGUGCGCCGGAAAAGACAUACAAACGGCCGAAUGCCGUGGAGAGCAAUGCCAGAUUGGCAAGGACGACUUCGAUUGGACAUUGUACUUGGGCCUGGCGUUCAUCACAGCCGUUUGCUUUGCCUUUGGCGCCGCGCUCAUCUGCUGCGCCCGCCGCGGCAUUCGCCACAAUCCGCACUACAACAUGGCCCGUUCAGUUAUGGACGCGGAUUAUAUGCCCGGCGUUGUCGAUAAGAAGGAGAUGCGCAUGCACAUCGAGGCAGCCAAUUUGGGAUACGAUUAUGUCAAUCCCGGACAUCGUUAUUUGCCCGGCGAGCACAUCGUCGGCUGCGGCGGCGUCGGCGUUACGGAACAUCACUACGAUGUGCCCAACCUGGCGGCCAACUACACGAAUCCCAUAGAUGACUUGAGCGCGGAUUAUCUAUCCGAAACGGGCGACUCCUCCACAGCGGACACCUCCAAUUCCACGUUCGACAUGAAUGCCAAGCUGUCCAUACUGAACGCCUCGAAGAGCAGCAGCUACGAGCUACUCGGCAGCAACGGCGGCCAGCUGCGGCUCUAUAACGGCGAGCUGCUGCUCUUUGUCCCAGAGCUGGCCAUUGGCAAGCACCUGAAGAAGCACGUCUCCCUCAUGCUGCUGAGCGACGAGUGCAGUCGGAUUGCCUGCGCCACGGAGAGCUCGCUGCUGUGCAGCAGCGUCGUGCAUUGUGCGCCACGCAAUUACGGCUUCAUCAAGCCCGUGAUACUAAGGAUACCCCACUGUCUGCUGUCGCCGGAGCAAUGGCAUGUCCACAUCUAUCACGCGGACAGCGAGCAGGACGAUCUGAAUGUCAGCUGGCGGCGGGCCGUGUCUGUCGGCGAGGAGACAAUAAAUACGCCAAUGUUUGUGCAGCUGGAGGCGACGGCCGUGUACAUUAUGACCGAGCAGCUGGGACACUUUGCCGUCGUCGCCGAGCCGCGCAUCCAGCAGCCGGCGAUCAAGAUGAAGCUGCUCGCGUUCAGCCAACAGACGCCGCCCAGCAGCAGCAGCCUGCGCAUCUAUGUGGUCAAGGAUUUUCCGAAUAGCCGGGAUAUAUGCGCCAAUGUCGAGUGCAAGCUGGGCGGCAGCUAUCUGGGCGAGAGUCAGGUCUUUGGCUUCGUGCUGAACAGCCUCAAUCUGAAUAUACGAGUGCGAGAUGCGGGAGAUGGGCUAUACGAACAUGCGAUACCCUAUCAGCACAUAUUGAGCAACAAUUCCAUAUUGCACUGCGAGUUCAGUGUGCGGCGCCAGGAGCAGCAGCAGCAGACGCUCUGCGUCGACUUUGGACAAGGGGAGGAGCAGCUCGAUUUCUACACGUUCAGCAUGCCCGGACUGGGACAGAGCCUGGGACUGGGUUCGGCGGAGGAGCUGGCCUCGACAACGAACACGACCAUCUCGAUAGAUCGCCAGGGCAACUAUGUGAACGAGAGCUGUGUGUUGGACUUUGUGCAGCUGCCGCAUGUCACGAAGCGUUUGAUAUGCGCCGCCUUGGAUCCGCCGCGUGCCGACGAACGCGAUUGGCGGCUGUUGGCCAAGAAGCUGAGCACGGAUCGUUAUAUUGCAUACUUUGCCACCAAACCCUCGCCCACAGAACAGAUACUCAAUUUGUGGGAGUGUCGCGCGAAUAGUGGGGCAGGGGGCGGGGCAGGGGGCAUGGUCAGCGGCAGCGGCGGCAUCUCUAACGGUAACAGUUCCAGUUCCAGUUGCAUAAUGUCGCUGCUGCUGACGCUCAAGGAGAUGGGACGGCAGGAUGUGCUGGACAUCAUAGUGGACACCAUAGGACCGCUGUGGAUUUAGGUCGCAGACUAAACAAAACAUGUUCAUGAGUUGCCUUUUAUUUGAAAAAUAUUUAAAAACGAAGAGAAAUUGAAACGAAACGGGAAACGAAACGAAAUGGGAAACGAAACGAAACGAAAUAUGAAACUUGCUAAAAAUGUAAUCAAAGUCUAGGCAUAGGGCAUAGACAUAGUCAUAGUCAUUUAGUCUGUACUAGUUACGUAGACUAAGCUAAAGAUACUAUAUAUAUAUUAUAUUUAGUAUGUGUAGCUUGAACUUGGAACAUUUGCUCAACGAACUCUGUUCCCCAAUGGGUGCCAUGCAUUUUUGAUACUACAACUAAAAUACAUUAAAUAUACACAAAUAUAUACAUACAUAUAUUAUAUAGAAUUAAAUGUAAGUUUACGAUUAUGUUCAAGUUAUUUGUGGCUUAGCAAACUUAUAGUUUUAAACAUUAGUUUGUAGUUUUUGCGUAUAUCGA